UGGACAAACUGAUUGUGAUUAGAGAUCAGUUACUUACAAUAUUGCUGUUUAUAUUUUGCCGCUGCAAACUCCUAAUUACGUGCUAGAAAAAUAAAAAAUGUUUCUAUAUCUUUUAGCAUUUAAUUUUGUUAAUGUUUUAAGUUAUGAUAAUCAUGGAUAUGUUGUAUAUUGUCCCUGCAUGGGUAGAUUUGGUAAUCAAGCAGACCAUUUCUUAGGAGCUUUAGCAUUCAGUAAAGGAAUAAACCGUACACUUGUUCUGCCCCCAUGGGUUGAAUACCGGUAUGGAGAAAUAAAAUCAAUUCAAGUACCUUUUACUACAUAUUUUAAAGUGGAGUCUCUGGCUUUAUACCAUAAAGUGAUUUCAAUGGAUGAUUUCAUGAAUCACAUAGCACCUAAUAUUUGGCAACCACAAAAAAGAAUAUCUUUUUGUUAUGUCCAGAGAAGUGGUGAAGUACAAAAUAGUUGUAAUGCAAAGUCAGGAAAUCCUUUUGGUCCUUUUUGGGAUACUUUUAAUAUAGAAUUUGUAGGUUCUGAAUUUUAUGGACCACUAAAUUAUGAUGCCCAUAAUGAAGCAAUGAUGGAUAAAUGGAAACAAAAAUAUCCUUCCACAGAUUGGCCUGUUUUAGCUUUUACAGGUGCUCCAGCCAGCUUCCCUGUUCAAGAGGAAAACAUACACCUACAUAAAUAUUUAAAAUGGAAUCAAAACAUAGUAAAUAAGUCAAGAGCUUUUAUCAAAAAUAAUAUGAGCGGUGGAGGUUUCAUUGGUUUACAUUUGAGGAAUGGUCAGGAUUGGAUAAGAGCUUGUCAACAUGUUAAAGACAGUCCAAGAUUGUUUGCUGCACCGCAAUGUGUGGGCUAUAAAAAUGAAAGAGGUUUGUUAACACAAUCAAUGUGUUACCCAGAAAAAUCCGAUAUCAUAAAACAAGUAAAACGAGCAUUGAAAAAGUUAAAUGACAUAAAAUAUAUUUUUGUAGCUUCAGAUUCAAAUCACUUAAUUGAUGACUUUAAGUUAGCUUUACGAAAGUUUGAUGUCAGUAUUGUAAAAUUGGAAGAGUCAAACCCUCAUUUAGAUUUAGCUAUAUUAGGCCAAGCUAACUAUUUUAUUGGGAAUUGUGUCUCCUCAUACUCGGCAUUUGCGAAAAGAGAAAGAGAUGUCAAAGGUUUACCUUCAGAAUUUUGGUCAUUCCCAAGUCCAAAAAAGAUUAAACAUGAAGAACUAUAACAUAGUUGUUUUAUUUUUUGAAUUCUUUUUUUUUUUAGUCUUGGAAAUUUUUCAAACCCUUGGAAUAUAAAACAAAAAGUAUUAUUUUGUUGAUCAUAAUGUAAUGCAUUAAAAAUUAAAUUAAAUGCUGCUUAUUUGUAAAGUGUAUACCCAUUUAUUCCCCACUGUCACAAAUCAACUCUCGUAGGAAUUUCUCUAGCAUAAAAAAUAAACUGCCUUAUGGCAAAACAAAAUAAUUUAUUUGAUUUAAAGUUUUUAACAUAUUCAAGUAUAAUAAGUUUUUCCUUUUGAUAAUUGAACAGUUAAAAAACAUAAACAUGGCAUAUUAAAAGAC